AUGGGAGUUCCAGGAUUUCAGGGGAUCAACGGGAUCCCAGGUCACCCUGGGCAGUCUGGACCUAGAGGCCUUCCUGGCCUGGAUGGCUGCAAUGGUACCACUGGGAGCCGUGGCAUUUCUGGACCAGAUGGGUUUCCUGGCCUACCUGGAUUGCCUGGUCGUCCUGGCCCAAAAGGCCUUAAAGGAGAACCUGUUUUUGCUCAAGGCAGUCUUAAAGGAAUGAAGGGUGAAAAUGGUCUUCCUGGAUUGGAUGGAGUUCCUGGCCCAAAAGGUUUUCCAGGUCCAAUAGGUCCUACAGGCCCUAUAGGAUUACCAGGUUUGCAGGGUCCAGUGGGUCCCCCUGGGCCACCAGGUCCAAAAGGUAACAUGGGAUUAGGCUUUCAAGGAGAGAAAGGAGAAAAGGGUGAUGUAGGGCUGCCUGGGCCUCCAGGUCCCCCACCAUCCACUGGAAUACUGGAAUUCAUGGGAUUUCCAAAGGGGAAGCAAGGAGAAAAGGGUGAACCAGGUCCUCAAGGAUUCCCUGGAGACCAAGGAUUGCCCGGCAUCCCGGGCUUUGGAGGUGUUGGAGAAAAAGGAGAAAAAGGUGUGCCUGGCUUACCAGGUGGAAGGGGCCUUUUGGGACUGGAUGGAUCUGAAGGAAUUCCAGGAAAAAAGGGCCAUCCGGGUGUUCCAGGCUAUCCAGGACUGGAUGGAGUUGAAGGCAUGAAGGGUGAAUUAGGUGACAUUGGUCCCCCAGGUCCGCCUGUCAUUAUUGACAGGGAAGGUGUAGUCAUUUCAGGUGCCCCAGGUGACCCUGGAAACGUGGGAAUACCUGGUCCUCCAGGAGACGAAGGGAUCAUUGGUUUACCUGGCCUUCCAGGGGCUCCAGGGUUUCCAGGCCUGGAGAGAGAUGGAAUGGGACCUGGAGGGUCUCCAGGUAUUCCAGGAGUCAAGGGUGAAGUGGGAGAACCAGGAAGAGCAACAGUUGGAAUACCAGGCCCUCCCGGCAGAGGUGGUUUACCAGGUCUGCCAGGAGCACCAGGAUUGCCUGGUUCACCAUCCCCUUCAUUCUCCCCAGUGAUAAUCCUGAGUGGAAGGACUGGGGCCCCGGGGGAGCCUGGGCAAAGAGGGCUUCCAGGAGCUUUGGGUCCAAAGGGCUACAAAGGGGAGGCAGGUGAUUGUUCUUGUGAUGGAGGAGUUACAAGAGCUGGUCUAAAAGGCAUCUCAGGUCCACCAGGUCCAUCGGGAAGCCCUGGUGUACCUGGUGCCAAGGGCGUUUGUGGAGACCCAGGCUCUGUGGGAGCACCAGGUCUGCGAGGCCGGCCGGCUUCAACUGGUCAGCAAGGACUUCCAGGUCUUAAGGGAGAAAAGGGGGAUCCAUCCUAUGCAACAGUCAAAGGUGCUCGUGGGGAUCGCGGUGCGACAGCACCCAGAGGACCUUCAGGUAUCCCAGGAACUCCAGGCAGGGAUGGACUUCCAGGCGUGCCAGGCCCACCAGGCCCUCCAGGUGAUGGUGGACUGGGUUUCCCAGGUGAAAAAGGUCUGCCAGGAUUACCUGGCUCCAAGGGCCAACGUGGAGAAAUUGGUUCUCCUGGCAUUGGAUACCCAGGUCCUAGUGGAGUUCGUGGACCACCAGGUGUCACUGGAAUGGAUGGGUUUCCAGGACAACCAGGUCUUCCAGGCCCUCCCGGUAUCACCUUGCCCUGCAUAGUUCCUGGAGCGUAUGGGCCCCCAGGGACUCCUGGCUUUCCAGGACUGCCAGGUCCCAAAGGCAGCAAAGGCUUUUCUGGCAUUCCAGGCCAACCUGGGUUACAUGGGUCUAAAGGACAGCCAGGGUCUCCAGGAAUCAUAGGCUUGCUAGGGGAACCUGGCUUCCCUGGACCUCGAGGAGAGCAAGGCCCACAGGGACUUCCAGGACUGGAUGGAACAGAUGGUUUGCCUGGGAAAAUGGGUGCUUCAGGCUUAGCUGGAAUAAAAGGAGCUCUUGGAGAUGUAUUUGGUGCUGAGAGUGGACCCCUGGGAGAGCGUGGCCAACCUGGACUUCCAGGUGAUAAAGGGCUUACAGGUGAUAUUGGAUUUCCAGGACCAAAAGGGCUGGAUGGAAGACCAGGCCUCCUGGGUGUUAAAGGUGAACAGGGUCGUGCAGGAUAUUCAGGUGUCCCUGGAUUGCGGGGACCUCCUGGCCCUGGAGGUCCUUUUGGCAUUAAGGGAAAACCAGGACCCUUGGGGUCAGCUGGCCUUGCAGGAGCACCAGGACUUCCUGGAGUCAAAGGUGUGACUGGGGAUGUAGGACCACAAGGCCCUGCUGGUAUGAAAGGCUUCCCAGGUCUUGAUGGUGCUCCAGGAUCUGCUGGGGAAAGAGGAUUCUUAGGGCCACCUGGGCCUUUUGGUCAGGAUGGACAUCCAGGUUUCUCUGGACCAAAAGGCGAGAAAGGGUCUUCUGGCCUGCUUGGUUUCCCUGGCAUGCCAGGACUGCCUGGUGUCCCUGGAGUGAAUGGGAUUAAAGGAGCUCCUGGCACAGCUGGAGGAAAAGGAAGUCCAGGAGUUGUGGGACUUCAAGGUCAAAAAGGUGACAGAGGUGAUAUAGGUCCACCAGGUCUUCCUGUUCUAUGGACUUCAGAACAGGCACUGCAAAUCAAAGGAGACAAAGGAGAUCCUGGAUUAGCUGGACUCGGAGGAUUCCCAGGACCUAGAGGUGAUAAAGGAAUCCCAGGAAGCCGUGGACAGCCUGGUGUCCCUGGUCCAGCUGGGUCAUCAAGCAAAGAGAGAGGUCUUCAUGGUGACCCAGGGUUCCCUGGUCCACCUGGGCAACCUGGUCUGCCAGGACAGAAGGGUGCACACGGCAUCAUGGGAUUUCCAGGAAUGCCAGGAGAGAGGGGUUCAGAUGGCACCACAGGAGCACUUGGAUUUCCAGGACCUAUUGGCCUUCCUGGUCCAAAGGGUGAACAGGGAGAGUCUGUUGGUGUUUCUGGCAUUCCUGGGCCAAAAGGGGAGAGAGGAGACCCGGGGUUUCCAGGAGAGAGAGGGAGAGAAGGACUCAAGGGUGAACCAGGCUACCCAGGAAACACUGGGGUGAAUGGACCCAAAGGCAGCCCAGGAGAUCUUGGCCAAGAAGGACCAGCAGGAAUCCCUGGAAAUGCUGGGCUGAGAGGAGCCCCUGGCCCACCAGGACCCCCAGGACAGCCAGGAUCUGUUGGAUUCCCUGGAGCUCAUGGAACAGCAGGACCUAAAGGGUUUCAUGGAUUUCCAGGUUUAAAUGGCCUGAAUGGCUUGCAAGGCACAAAAGGGUCUCCUGGAACACCAGGUCUGAGUGAAGCUGGACUGAAAGGUCCUGCAGGUCUCCCAGGUGUGAAGGGUGAAGAAGGCUCUCCAGGCUUGGGAAGAGGAGCUGCAGGAUUCCCUGGACCAAAAGGCUCAUCUGGAGACAGGGGUCCCCCUGGUCCUAUGGGACUGCCUGGCCUGCCAGGAACACCUGGAGUUUCUCUUCCAUCUGAUAUACGUGGGAGACCUGGAGAUACUGGCAUUCCAGGCACUGAUGGGAGUUCAGGUUUUCCAGGUCCUCCAGGACCACGAGGGCCCCCUGGCCCAGCUUCUGAUCAAGGUGACACAGGCACUCCAGGUUUCCCCGGCGUUCUUGGCUUGAGAGGCAUUAAGGGUGACGUGGGACCCACUGGUCCAAUUGGACUCCCUGGAGCAUCUGGAUUCAAAGGUGCAAGAGGUGAGCCUGGCCUGAUGGGCAUGCCAGGUAAAGAUGGGCCUCCAGGGGAUCCUGGUUAUGCUGGGCCGAAAGGUGAAACGGGCCAUCGAGGUCUUCCUGGCAGACCAGGGGCUCCAGGAAUCACCCCACAGCCAGAAGAAAUGACAGCCCCUGCAGGAUUGCCUGGUCUGCCAGGAAUUGAUGGUAUUCCUGGCUUUGAUGGAGAUCCUGGAUUCCAUGGCCCAGCUGGAAAACCAGGCCCAAAAGGUUUGCCAGGAAGAUCUGGUUUGAAAGGACGUGAUGGCUUACCUGGAACUCCUGGCAUAGCUGGGGAUCCAGGACUUUCAGGUGUCCCAGGACCACAGGGAUUUGAAGGUGUUGCUGGGAAGCCAGGUUCCCUUGGCUUGCCGGGAAUGCCUGGUCGGAGCGUGGGUGUUGGAUACACUCUGGUGAAGCACAGUCAGUCAGACCAGAUCCCCCCGUGUCCCAUAGGGAUGAAUAAGCUCUGGGAUGGCUACAGCUUAUUGUAUGUGGAGGGGCAGGAGAAGUCACACAACCAGGAUCUCGGUUUUGCUGGCUCAUGUUUGCCUCGCUUCAGCACCAUGCCUUUUAUUUACUGCAGCAUCAAUGAAGUGUGCUACUAUGCCAGCCGAAACGACAAGUCCUACUGGCUCUCCACCACUGCUCCCAUCCCCAUGAUGCCUGUGGACAGUGUCCAGAUCCCACAGUACAUCAGUCGGUGCUCUGUGUGUGAAGCACCUUCCCAGGCAGUGGCUGUGCACAGCCAGGACAUCACCAUCCCACAGUGUCCCCUGGGCUGGCGCAGCCUGUGGAUAGGAUACUCCUUCCUUAUGCACACUGCUGCAGGGGCGGAAGGUGGAGGCCAGUCCCUUGUCUCACCUGGUUCCUGCCUGGAGGAUUUCCGAGCCACUCCAUUCAUUGAGUGCAAUGGUGCUCGGGGAACGUGCCAUUACUUUGCCAACAAGUACAGCUUCUGGCUGACCACGGUGGAGCAGGAGCAGCAGUUUGUCAGUGCUCCUCUCUCAGAGACUCUGAAAGCGGGGCAGCUUCGGACUCGCGUCAGCCGCUGCCAGGUGUGCAUGAAGAACUUGUAG